AUGUCGACAGAAGGGGCUAAGCCUGCCGCAGGUGCAGGCGACGCGGCUGGCGCGUCGAAACCGCAGCAGAAUGGCCAGGCCAAAGGUGCGCCCGCCGCCGCCGCCGCCGCCGCGCCCACGGGCGAGAAGAAGCUAUCCGGCGCUGAGCUGAAGAAGAAGGCCAAGGAGGAAAAGGCCGCGCGACGGCUGCAGGCCAAGGCCGUGCAGACGGCCGCCGCGCCACCAGGCGCUGCCGCUGCCGCUGCUCUCGCCGCUGCCGCCAAGGGCAAGGGCAAGCAGGACGGCGGCAGCGGUGCAGGCCCCCAUGGAAGCAAAACGGCGCCCAAGACGGUGGCGGAGGCGCCCCCCAAGCCCAAGGCGACGGUGCCCGAGUGCUUUAGCCACCUAUCCAUGGCCAAGCGCAUGAAUAUUACACAGGCAGACAAGGAUGUGCACCCGGUCAUCCUUCAGCUAGGCCAGCAGAUGAGCACAUUCGCCAUUUCUGACAGCAUCACAAGGGCAGAAGCCACACUGCUCGCGUUUAAAAAGGUCAUUGAAUCCUACACAACUCCCCAUGGCGCCACACUCUCCCGCCACUUCACAUCCGUCGUGCUCAAGAAUCAGAUUGAUUACCUGACGGCGUGCCGCCCCAUGUGCUUCUCCAUGGGCAACGCCAUUCGGUGGCUUAAGCUGCAAAUCUCAAAGAUUGACAUUGACCUGCCCGACGCCGACGCGAAGAAGGCGCUAUGCGAGGCCAUUGACACGUACGUCAACGAGCGCAUCACGCUCGCCGACAUGGUCAUUGUGAAGACGGCCGCCGACAUGCUUACCGACGACGACGUCGUCGUCACCUACGGGCGGCACCACCUCGUCGAGCGCGCGCUGCUGCGCGCCCGCGCCGACGGCCGCCGCUUCCGCGUCAUCAUCGUCGACGACCCCUUUGAGCGCGUCGGCCUCGCCCACGCGCAGCGCCUCUCGGCCGCCGGCAUCCCCGUCGCCUACUCGCACGAUCUCGGCGCGCUGCGCACGAACCUGCAGGGUGCCACGUGCGUGCUCGUCGCCGCCGAGGCCAUGUUCAGCAACGGCGCCGUCUACGCGCGCGCCGGCACGUGCGACAUUGCCACGGUCGCGCGCGACCUCUGCCUGCGCGUCGUCGCCCUCUGCGAGAGCAUCAACUUUACCGAGCGCGUCUCGGCCGACUCGCUCACCUACAACGAGAUUGACCCGGAGCGCAACUCGAGCGAUGCGUUUCGCCUGCUGUUUGACACGACGACGGACAAGUUCAUCUCCAUGGUGGUCACGGAGCUCGGCAACAGCUCGGCCAAGUCGGUGCCGGCGAUUCUGAGGAAGCUAGAGGAGCUUUGA